AUGGCAGAAGGCAACACAGAUAUACCUGAACCCACAAACGAAGUAUUAAGUGAGCCCGCUUUACCGUCCGAGAGAGAUUCUGUGAUAAGGGAUACAUUCGAAACCGUUCAGCCUUUUGAGGCUGUCGCCCGACCCGGAUCGCCAGCAUUGAUGUCGCCAAACCGCCCUUUAACAAUUUCACACUCACCAGCUUAUGUUGCUAGUCCACGCUUCUCUCCAACGCGUGUAGCCGCCGCAAAGUCUCCUCCUUUGCCCCAAAGCCCCAGCCCCGGCUCCGUCGCUAAAGUAUCUGUGAAAUCAUCCGUCAAAAGCGAUAGAAGUGCAAAACCGGCAAUCGUGACGGGCAACCCCAACAGCCCGAGCGCUAAAAGUGUAGUCUCCACUGGGAAAGGUGACAUAAUCCAAACUAUCAUCGAUCUGGAACCGCAAGGCAGGAACCUAACCGACCACAUGGACGAAUUGAACGAAUCCGUCAGGGUUCUUUCGAAUGCGGUAGAAAAUCCUUCGAACUCACCAGUCUUGAAUACAAACAUCAACAAGAUCGCGAACAUGAGCAAGAUACUAACAGACGAGGCCAACGCUUUAAGGGAAUCGAUAAAAAGUCUGUCGAAAGACAUCAGCCGCACGAAAAGGGAACUGGCAGCGAACGAGGAAGACGUCAACUUCCCGUAUCACCUGUUCCUGAUCGAGCUCAUAAUCAACAAGAUACACAUGAAAUGCGAAUGCUUCGAGCUCGACCACAACCACUUGGUCAUAAACGCUGCGUUCCUGGGCAAGCAGCCGAUAGUGCUGUACGACGCGUCGUAUGGCAAGGUCGACAGCUUCGCGCACUUGAACGUCGGCAAAUCAGCCCUCUUCGCGAUGACGUACGACAAGAUUUGCAGCAUUAAGGAGUUCGUUAUUAAACUGCAAAUCGCGAAGCAGCCGCCCUGCUCUAGUUGCGUGACAAAGGUCGGGGAGGCGCGCGCAGAUUACACAAAGGAGUUCGUCCAACUCCGAGAGGAGCUCUGCAGGAAAUGGACGGAAGAGCGGCCGAACGACAACAUCUUAUGUACGACGUCUACUCCAAUGAACAAAAACAUGUUCUACGUGUGGUGCGGCGAGAUCGAUGAGAGCGACUCGAUAGGCAUCGUCGAGAUGUCGACCCGAAUGUCUUUCCUCGGGAAGGAGAUCACGACGGCAUUCAUUGCCUCGCCUAAGCAGCAGGGCACGACGCUACUGCAGAAGGAAGACAACGGCAUGACUAUGUUCUCGUGUCAAGACGUCGAGAUGGACGGGCAGGGAAAGAUAUAUCUGGACGAGGAUUCUCUCAAUCGGAAAGAGGCCUCGCGCGGCACUCGCACGGUAUUCAGUAGGCGAACGGACAGCCCCGUAUCGCAAUUCUCGAGCACUUCGUCGAAACCGUCGUUCAAACGUUACGGAAAUAAACAUCAACCAGAUGGAAUGUCGAAGUUCGACGAGAUUUUCACAAAAAUGAACACCAACGAACUGAAGAUCAGAGUGCCGAAGACGACUAAAGUCGAGAGAAUGGGCAAAUACGAUCGAAUACAGGAGAUAUGCUCGUGCGAGAACACGCCGCACAACACCGGAGAGCAGAUACAGUUCGAGUUACCGCGCGACUUAUGUUAUCCCGCUAAGGCGCAGAACACAUACUCGUCCAAUCUCAAAUAUACAAUUGGUGGCAAAGAAAAGAGCUGCGACAGCCGUGAUAGGAAAAUUAUCAACGUCACCCCGUCAAAUUGUCCCGUUCCCGUGAACAUGGAGAAACUGGCUCACCCGCAAAAAGACGUGUUCAUACUGAAGAUCGGCAAGAAGUUGGAGACGAAAGACAAGAAGACGGACCUCGAAAUCGAACUAGUAACUCCCAAAGCACCGUCUAAUCAGGAGGCUAAUAACCACAUCGCGCAACAGUGCAGCGCGGGGGAUUUGAAGAAGAAACCGUCCGCAUUGCGAAGUAAGAAGAAACCGAAGGAGAAAUUAAAAAGCAAGAGCAAGGCGAAGGCAUGGGCUAUCCUUGCGUUCAUCUCUGUAUUGCCGAUUCCAGCCGGUCUCGGCGAGUUUCGGAUCCGCGACCUGAACGACGAGAUAAACAAACUGAUGAGGGAGAAACGCCAUUGGGAGGUCCAGAUCAGGGCUCUGGGCGGGCCGGACCACGCCCGAGUGGGGCCUAAGAUGUUGGACCAGGACGGGAGGGAGGUCCCCGGCAAUAGGGGCUACAAAUAUUUCGGUGCCGCGAAGGAUUUACCGGGUGUGCGCGAGCUAUUCGAGCAGGAGCCGCCAGCGCCAGCGCGUCGAACGCGCGCCGAUCUGAUGCGUGACGUGGACGCGGACUAUUACGGCUACCGGGACGACGACGAUGGUCUACUGGUGCCCUUGGAAAAGGAGGCCGAGAAAGUAGCAAUAGCACGAGCGGUCGAAGAAUGGCGACAGAAUAAAGAACAGAACAAAGACCAAGAGUUGCCUGAAGAGGAAAAUAUUUAUCCGGAAGAUCCUGAUGAUAAACGGAUAGAUGAUGACGACGUCACGACAGAAAAAUCAUCUGGGACGUCACUUGUGGCGGUGCCUUCGCAGAAAGACAUAGAAGAAGCCCUGCUCAGAAGGAAAAAGCAGGAGCUUUUAGAGCGUUACGGCUGUUUAGAUGUUAAAAUGGAAACAAGC